UUGAGAGGAAAAGGUGGGAAAUCCCUUUGCUAGACACUGGGUGCCAGGCUCAACUAAGAACCCAAGAAAGAGUGAGUCUCGUGUGGGUGACUGAGAUGCUAAGACCAGCGUGGCGACUGAGGGAGACCCCGCCAAGUGGGCGGCACGCUGCCUCUUCCGGUUUCUGAGGCAUUCGGGGCUUCUUGGCUCCGGCCGGUGUGCGUGCUGCCGCGGUUCCCAGACCCGGAAGGGGCGGCGGCGGCGGCGGCCGGGCAGUAGCUGAGAAGUAGCUCACCAUCCACGUGCUGCUCGGGCUUCUGUCUCGGCCCGCAGCUCCGCGCCCGGGCCAUGGCUACCGCCUGCAGCCCGCUCCCAGACCGGCCUCUUAGGACGUACUUCGGACGCCCCCCGGGCCAGACGAGGCGGCAAGCAGAGGCUACCAAAAGAAAGCACCAAGUGUCCAGUGAUGCUCCACCAACAAAACGGAGGAACGAAGAAAUAUCCUCUCUUUCAGCCAAGAAAACCAGUGAUAAAGAAACUCCAAGAACAUUUAAGGGGAGUGCACACAAAUUGUUUCCUCCAAAGAAGUACUUGGACAGUACAGGCAAUGGAAGGCAAGAGAAGCCAUGCAUCAAGACUUCAUCGCUGUUUAAAAACAAUCCUGAGAUCCCAGAACUCCACAGAGCUGUAGUAAAGCAGGCUCGAGAGCAAGUGUUCUCUCCAGAAGCUUUCCAGGAGCUGAACCUCCACCCACACCUAAUUUCUACAAUAAAUACAGUCUUAAAAAUGUCAAGUAUGACCAGUGUUCAGAAGCAGAGUAUCCCAGUGCUGCUGGAAGGCAGAGAUGCCCUUGUGCGGUCCCAGACGGGCUCAGGGAAAACUCUUGCCUAUUGCAUCCCUGUGGUCCAAUCUCUUCAAGCACUGACAUCAAAAAUACAGCGCAGUGAUGGCCCCUAUGCUUUGAUCCUAGUGCCCACCAGAGAGCUGGCUCUGCAAAGCUUCGACACUGUCCAGAAGCUGCUCAGGCCGUUCACCUGGAUUGUCCCUGGAGUGUUGAUGGGCGGAGAGAAGAGGAAAUCGGAAAAAGCUAGACUCCGCAAAGGCAUAAAUAUCCUUAUCUCAACUCCUGGGCGCCUGGUGGAUCAUAUAAAAUCCACAAAGAACAUUCACUUUAGCCGAAUACGGUGGCUGGUUGUGGAUGAAGCAGACAGGAUCUUGGAUUUGGGUUUUGAGAAGGACAUCACAGUGAUUCUGAAUGCUGUAAAUGCUGAGUGUCAGAAACGGCAGAAUGUCUUGUUGUCAGCGACACUCACAGAAGGGGUAACACGGCUAGCUGAUAUCAGUUUGCACAAUCCAGUCAGUAUCUCUGUCCUGGACAAAAUUUGGGACCAGCCCAACCCUAAGGAAGAUAUUAGUACCCAGCUGGACAGCUUUGCCAUACCAGAGAGUCUUGACCAGCAUGUGGUGUUGGUUCCCAGUAAGCUGCGCCUUGUCUGCCUUGCAGCCUUCAUCCUGCAGAAAUGCAAGUUUGAGAAGGAUCAGAAGAUGAUUGUCUUUUUCUCAAGUUGUGAGCUGGUGGAGUUCCACUACAACCUCUUCCUUCACACCCUGUCUUGCCGCUCAGGGGCCCCCACUUCAGAGCAGCUACCAUCUGCUUCCUGGCCACUAAAAUUCCUUCGGCUGCACGGCAACAUGGAGCAGGAGGAAAGAACUUCCGUAUUUCACGAGUUCUCACGUUCCAGAACAGGAAUCCUGCUCUGCACGGAUGUUGCAGCUCGAGGCUUAGAUCUUCCACAAGUCACCUGGAUUGUUCAGUACAGUGCUCCGUCUUCACCUGCAGAAUACAUUCACCGGAUUGGAAGAACUGCCCGGAUUGGCUGUCAUGGGAGCAGCUUGCUCAUUUUGGCUCCUUCGGAGGCAGAAUAUGUCAACUCGUUGGCUUCUCACAAAAUCAAUGUUUCUGAGAUUAAGAUGGAAGAUAUUUUGGCUGUCCUGAGAAAGGAUGAUUGUUUUAAAAGGAGACAGAGAGGGGCCCAGAAAUCCCAUGCCAGUGGCCCCCAGGAAAUCCGAGAACGAGCCACAGUACUGCAGACAAUAUUUGAAGAUUUCGUGCACUCCAGUGAGGGGAUGGUCUCCUGGGCAAAGAAAGCUCUGCAGUCUUUCAUCCGAGCCUAUGCGACCUACCCCAGGGAGCUGAAGCCCAUCUUCCAUGUUAGAUCCCUGCACCUUGGGCAUGUGGCUAAGAGCUUUGGGCUAAGAGAUGCUCCUAGAAACCUCAAUGUCUCCAUUGUGAAGAAGAAGGCAAGCUUGAAAAGGCCUGACCCUCGGAGGAAGAGCCAGAAAAAGCACCGCCUUGUGCUUGCUGAAGUCCUGCACUCAGAAUACUCGAGUGGACUGGAGGCCGGUGGCACAAAGGGUGGAAAGCAAGGCAAACAGCGGGGCUUUCAGGUGGCACCCCGCAAGCCUGGGCCGGGGAGAGAAUGAAGCCGCUCCUGCAUGCAGAAGACUCAUCACCAGCCAGCAAACUUCUUUUAGUUGUUUUUCAUCUCCCUACAGGACCAGGUCAGGGUAGAUUGACAGACCCUGUGGCUUUAGAUUGAUGUCCUGUUCUUAUCAGUGAUGCUUCCUGUACCUUUUCCUGAACACAGACCUUCCCCUGUUGGAGGAGGAGCCCUAAUGGAAACCAGCAGGCAGGGACCAGUACUAGAGAGUCACCUGCCUUUGCUCAGCCCUUUGUGAGACUGCACAGGGACAGCAAAGCAUCGUGUGUAUCAGCCUGGAAGAGUAUGGCUCCUGGCGAGCUUGUCAGAUGAAGCUGCCACAAGUGUACUGCAUGAGUGCUGUAAGAUGGAAUGUUAAAAACUGGAAUUGAACUUGUUCAAAAGGAUAAAGUAUUUGUUAAAUAGCUAUUUUCUUAGUGUCCACAUGCUCUGUCAAGAAGGGCCGAGAGAACUUUUUGCUUUGGAUCAAAAACCAAAUGUGUUGGCAGCGGCACCGCUUUCUUCUGUAAAUACGAUAUAGCCCCAUGUGCGUUGCUUCCUCUUUCAUGUCCGCAGAAGACUCGCUGUCUCUGGGCUAAUUGACUUACUGUUGCCUUUUUAUUAUUUGCCUUUGAAGUCAAAAGGCACCAGCACCCGAGCUUGCCUUUUCCCACCGGAGCCUGUCUUCUCUUCAGGGUCUGAGGUCUUUGUGUUGUGACCUAGACCCAGAACCCCCACAUGCCAUUGUGUUUCUGGAAGCUUUGAAAGGACCCCUGGAGUGUAUUGAUUUCCCAAUAAAUGUAAGAUUUGGACAUUACAGAGGACUCACGAGAGAAAGGGUUAAGGCACAUUGUGCUCUGUUCGGACACCAUUCUGGGGCUGCUUUCCUCAGGGUUUCUGUGCUCCCAGCCCUGCUAGACCCUCUGAAGCCUAGGGCAAGUGUUGUACACUUUGCCCCUCUCCUGAGACUGGCAGGGUGGAGGCUGUUGUGGGGAAGAUCAGUUAACACCCACACUGCAGCCUUGCCAAGACUGGCAGUCACAGACUCAGGGCCUGCUGGUGACAUUUGUAAGGUCCUCUGAAACUGCAGCAGGUGUGGAGCUGACUGGACAAAUCGGCCACCUUUCUUUGGGUUUAUAAUGGCUCACUUGCUUCGCUGGGAAAUGAGGGAUCAGACUAUGAAGAGUCAACCAGCUGUGUGAAAACAGGAUUAGUGCCUGUAAUCAGGGAUGGCUACGCAAAAACCUGUGACUGCCUCCCGGCAACAGGCUCCUUACUGAAGUUACAGUGACUCAUCCCAAAGUUGAAAUUUACACUUGCGGUUUUCUAACUAGCAAGGCUGUCUUGUCAGAGAUGGUGGUGGACAUGCUGCUUAGGUAACAGUACGCAGUCAUCAGGAAAUAGACUCGGCAGAUUCAGGGUUAAUGUUCUCUAAAUUUAAACAACCUUAAAAUGAAUCUCUUAUGGAUCUUUAUAGGAUGUACAUCCCAGGUACCAGUUGUACACAAUGUCAGCCUGAUUCCAGUGUACAUAGUCUGAUUUUGUGUGUAUUUUUAAUCAUACCUUUUUCUAAGGUCCCAGGCUUGGCAUUUUUCUCACAUCAGCCUGGUUACCAUAUUAAAGUCUCAGGAGAUUCA